AAAGGCCCUCCCCAUAGACUUCCUUGUCCCGACGCGCAAACCCGAAGAAAAAUCAAUUUUUAAUAAAAACGGAAGCCUCGGAGAGAAGCUCGGCUUCUUCACUUCCUCGACCGCUCAAAGCUCCGGCCUUCGCAAUCCUCUUCCUUCCACGAUUGGGUGCGAUAUUCCAUGAAAAGGGCGCGAUUUCGGGAGGACCGUCCUGAGCGAACUCGACCGGUGUCUCCUGGGAAGCAUCGUUGGCUGUGGGGGACUUCUGAGUUUUCUCCCCUUUUCUCUUAUUUUUAUAAAUUUCAGUUGCUGGAUUGGAACUGAGAGGGAGUCCAGAACAUAUGGCAAGGUUUUGCUGCUUCGGUGCCGGUUUCUCAGAGUUUACCGGGCACGGGUCAACAGCAUCUGGUAAAGGGAAAGGCCGCCAGGGCCAAGUCAAGGUCUGCUAUGGCUAUAGCCUUGUAAGAGGGAAGACAAAUCAUCCAAUGGAGGACUACCAUGUCGCCAAUUUUGUUGAAGCAAAGGGAAGCGAGCUCGGUCUUUUCGCUAUUUUUGAUGGUCAUCUAGGAGAUACCGUUCCUGCGUACUUACAGAAGAAUCUGUUUUCAAAUAUUUUGAAUGAAGAAGAAUUUUGGACACAUCCAGAUAGAGCGAUCACAAAAGCUUAUGAAAAAACAGACCAAGCUAUUCUGUCACAUACUCCAGACUUGGGACAAGGCGGCUCCACUGCUGUAACUGCCAUUCUUGUAAACGGCAGGAAGUUGUGGGUAGCUAAUGUUGGGGAUUCGAGAGCUGUUCUUUUGAAAGGUGGUGAACCCAUACAGAUGUCAAUAGACCAUGAUCCGAAUGUUGAGCGUAGUGUAAUUGAAAAUAGGGGUGGCUUUGUUUCAAACAUGCCAGGAGAUUGCCCCCGAGUAUGUGGUCAGUUGGCUGUCUCCAGAGCUUUUGGAGACAGGAAUCUAAAAGCACUCCUGAGAUCAGAGCCUGAUAUAAAAGUUGAAAACAUAGAUCACACCGCUGAGCUACUUGUCCUUGCAAGUGACGGUCUUUGGAAGGUGAUGAACAAUCAGGAAGUCGUUGACGUCGCCAAAAGGUUCAAGGAUCCAUAUGCAGCCGCCAAGCAAUUAAUCGCCGAAGCAUUAAAAAGAGACAGUAAAGAUGAUAUAUCAUGCAUAGUUGUUCGGUUCAAGGUGUAAAUCGAUCGCAGCUGACACACUGGGGGUUGUGAUCAAGAGCAGAAAAAUGAUUUAUACGGUGCAACUUAGGCUGCCUUACGAUGGCUGUGGUAGUCCAAAGAAUAAUUAGUUAAUUACUGGGUUGUUUGGUUGUAAAUGAUUUUUUCCGGCUCCAUUGCAUGUUCAUAUAUAAAUAUGCUAGGAUUCUUCGUUUGGAGAUUCAAAGGUACAAUUGUGAGGAGGCCUUAGAGCUAUGUAAAUAGCUAUCAUCUGUAAAUAAUGGUUGCAGAUAUUGGAAGUUAACCCUGUGGUCCAUUAUGAAUUUGUGAAAGUAGAUUGAGAGUUGA